AUGAAACUACGUUUGAUCUUGCGAUCUGUUUUAUUCGGAAUUCCUGUUGGAAUUACACUUUUCGACUCGGUGGGGUAUGUUGCAAGAGUCGAAGGAAUUUCGAUGCAGCCUUCAUUAAACCCUAAUUGUGAUGAAGUGGACUAUGUUUUCCUCAAUAGGUGGGCAGUUAGAACCUAUAAUAUUGCCAGAGGCGAAAUUAUUUCACUAAUUUCGCCCAAGGAUCCAGAUCAGAAGAUAAUUAAAAGGGUUGUUGGUAUUGAAGGUGACGUGAUUAAGACGUUAGGGUAUAAGAAACCUUACGUUACGAUCCCCGAAGGACAUUGUUGGGUAGAGGGUGAUCAUACAGGUCAUUCUUUGGAUUCAAAUUCUUUUGGUCCCAUAUCAGUAGGAUUAGUAACAGCGAAGGCAUCUCACAUAGUCUGGCCACCACAUCGUUGGCAGAAUCUGAAGCAUGACAUUCCUGAGGGACGAAAGCCACUAGGACUGAAGUAA